AUCUCUUGUUCUAAUUUUAAGCUAGAUAUACUAAAAUGGCAAAGCUAUGCCAGCAUUCCAUCCCCAGACUCAUCUCUCCCAUUUCCCUGUUCUCAUACAAAUCACAAGAACUAUUACAACAUACCAAGCAUUGGAUUCACUAUCCAUUCAAUCUCUAAAACCAGAGCUUCUUCAACUUCAGAGUCUUGUUCUUCAUGGGAUAAAGAUGAAAUCACUCAAUCUCAGCAUUUCAAGAAGAAGAAGAAGAGGAGGAAGAUACAGAAAGCACCGCGUCGUUUGAUCACAAUCUCUACAUCAGAUGGGAAAUGGCAAGGUGAGUGGAGUUGUGAUUAUUUGCUAUCUUUGAGAGAGCUUCAACUUGGAGACUUGGUUGAAGAUGGGGAUAAGGAUGCAAAGGUUCUUGUUAAUCUCUCUGUUCAAAAGCAUGCAGGCUUUGGUUUCUCUAUAGACGGAAGAAUCAUUACAUCCUUCAACGCGAAAUGCAGCUGUUGUUUCGCGUCGUAUUGCAAGCAGAUCAACACUACAUUUGAUGUUUGGGUUCUUCCUUCCGGCAAGAAUAAUGAUCUCGAGCUACCUGAAAUUGGCUCAAGUGAUCCUUCAGUAAUCUAUGUUAAAACAGGCAUGGAAGCCGAUCUGGAUUCACUGAUUAAAGAUACGAUAAGAUUAACAGCCUCGGCAAAGGACACUUGUUCAGAGUCAUGUGAGAAUUCGACAACGAUAUGGCAAGAUAAUGAUGGACAUGUGAGCUUUGAUGGAAGGUGGUCAAGACUACUUGAUUUGAAGAAUUCAAUGUAAUGCAUAUACUGAGACUAAUGACAGAACAAUAUUCAUCGGUUAAUGUUCAUAACAAUACUAUCUACUUAUUUGUAUUGAAGUUUACCAAUUAUGAAAGAAUUACUUGGGGUAAUC